AUGAGAGACCUGCGUGAGUCCGACAUGAGAGACCAGAGUGACUCCGACGUGAGAGACCAGAGUGAGUCCGACGUGAGAGACCAGAGUGAGUCCGACGAGAGAGACCAGAGUGAGUCCGACGUGAGAGACCGGAGUGAGUCUGAAAUGAGAGACCUGCGUGAGUCCGACAUGAGAGACCAGAGUGACUCCGACGUGAGAGACCAGAGUGAGUCCGACGUGAGAGACCAGAGUGAGUCCGACGAGAAAGACCAGAGUGAGUCCGACGUGAGAGACCGGAGUGAGUCGGAGUGA